AUGGCGCCGAUGGACCGCCGCCGUCGACGUUCCACCGCCCGCCAGUGCGCCCCCGACGGCGGCGCAUCCCCGACCCGGCUCGAUGUCGACGAUAUCCUGCACUCGCUGAUGUCCAGCCAGGUCCGACGCAGGCUCCUCGCCGCCGCGCUCGAGUACGCCGUCGAGGCAACCAUGAACGAAUUUCCGGGCGCGAACACGGACGCCCGGGGCCCGCCAGUCGCCGCCGCGUACCUCCGCGGGUUCCUGCAAAAGAACCUCGGCGCCAACCUCCACAUCGACGAUCACAAACAACCCCCGUCCCCAGCGCACGCGCUCCUCGCGUCGUUACCCCCCGAACGACCGGGUGGCGGCGAGUGGACCGACGACGACGUCCGUCGCAUCGCCGAUACAUUGCGAGCGCUGAUGCUGGCGCGACUGGACCUUCGGAUCCGCGCGCUCGACCUUCACGGCACGCGCGUGCUCUUCAGGGGACGCGACACCAACCUGGUGACGUCGGCGGCGGCGUCGUGGUCGCACAGCGGGGCGCGGCGGCGGCGAGCGGACGCGGGGACGCCGCCGCCGCCCGCGAUCGAGCUCCGCGAGGCGCUCGCGAUUGGCGACGAGGCGUUCGCGCGAAGGGUCGCGGAGGCGCACGGGGCGUGGCGCGCGGCGGCGACAGAUGCGGGCGGCGGGGGUGGAGCUGGGGCGGGCGCGAGGGAGGGGGAAGAGAGACCGGUUUUGACGGCGAUCGACGUGUUGCGGACGUUACGAAACCUGGCGAACCCGAACCCGGCGGCUGUCGCGCCCACCGCGGUUCCGUGCACGUACGACCGCGGGUUCAUGGACUCGCGUUUCGCCGACGACGCCCUGCCGUGA